GCUUGACGGCGCAAGGUGGCUCAGCCGCAAGAUGGCGGCGCUGGCGGAGGAGCAGACGGAGGUGGCGGUCAAGCUAGAGCCUGAGGGACCGCCAACGCUGCUACCUCCGCAGGCGGGGGACGGCGCAGGCGAGGGUAGCGGCGGCACUACCAACAACGUUGGAAGUGUUGCUGUGGAAGACCAGCCAGAUGUCAGUGCUGUGUUGUCGGCCUACAGCCAACAAGGAGAUCCCACAAUGUAUGAAGAAUACUAUAGUGGACUGAAACACUUCAUUGAAUGUUCCCUGGACUGCCAUCGGGCAGAGUUAUCCCAACUCUUUUAUCCUCUGUUUGUGCACAUGUACUUGGAGCUAGUCUACAAUCAACAUGAGAAUGAAGCAAAGUCAUUCUUUGAGAAGUUCCAUGGAGAUCAGGAAUGUUAUUACCAGGAUGACCUACGUGUAUUAUCUAGUCUUACCAAAAAGGAACACAUGAAAGGGAAUGAGACCAUGUUGGAUUUUCGAACAAGUAAAUUUGUUCUGCGUAUUUCCCGUGACUCGUACCAACUCUUGAAGAGGCAUCUUCAGGAGAAACAGAACAAUCAGAUAUGGAACAUAGUUCAGGAGCACCUCUACAUUGACAUCUUUGAUGGGAUGCCGCGUAGUAAGCAACAGAUAGAUGCGAUGGUGGGAAGUUUGGCAGGAGAGGCUAAACGAGAGGCAAACAAAUCAAAGGUAUUUUUUGGUUUAUUAAAAGAACCAGAAAUUGAGGUACCUUUGGAUGAUGAGGAUGAAGAGGGAGAAAAUGAAGAAGGAAAACCUAAAAAGAAGAAGCCUAAAAAAGAUAGUAUUGGAUCCAAAAGCAAAAAACAAGAUCCCAAUGCUCCACCUCAGAACAGAAUCCCUCUUCCUGAGUUGAAAGAUUCAGAUAAGUUGGAUAAGAUAAUGAAUAUGAAAGAAACCACCAAACGAGUGCGCCUUGGGCCAGACUGCUUACCCUCCAUUUGUUUCUAUACAUUUCUCAAUGCUUACCAGGGUCUCACUGCAGUGGAUGUCACUGAUGAUUCUAGUCUGAUUGCUGGAGGUUUUGCAGAUUCAACUGUCAGAGUGUGGUCUGUAACACCCAAAAAGCUUCGUAGUGUCAAACAAGCAUCAGAUCUUAGUCUUAUAGACAAAGAAUCAGAUGAUGUCUUAGAAAGAAUCAUGGAUGAGAAAACAGCAAGUGAGUUGAAGAUUUUGUAUGGUCACAGUGGGCCUGUCUAUGGAGCCAGCUUCAGUCCGGAUAGGAACUAUCUGCUUUCCUCUUCAGAGGACGGAACUGUUAGAUUGUGGAGCCUUCAAACAUUUACUUGUUUGGUGGGAUAUAAAGGACACAACUAUCCAGUAUGGGACACACAAUUUUCUCCAUAUGGAUAUUAUUUUGUGUCAGGGGGCCAUGACCGAGUAGCUCGGCUCUGGGCUACAGACCACUAUCAGCCUUUAAGAAUAUUUGCUGGCCAUCUUGCUGAUGUGAAUUGUACCAGAUUCCAUCCAAAUUCUAAUUAUGUUGCUACGGGCUCUGCAGACAGAACUGUGCGACUCUGGGACGUCCUAAAUGGUAACUGUGUAAGGAUCUUCACUGGACACAAGGGACCAAUUCAUUCCUUGACAUUUUCUCCCAAUGGGAGAUUCCUGGCUACAGGAGCAACAGAUGGCAGAGUACUUCUUUGGGAUAUUGGACAUGGUUUGAUGGUUGGAGAAUUAAAAGGCCACACUGAUACAGUCUGUUCACUUAGGUUUAGUAGAGAUGGUGAAAUUUUGGCAUCAGGUUCAAUGGAUAAUACAGUUCGAUUAUGGGAUGCUAUCAAAGCCUUUGAAGAUUUAGAGACCGAUGACUUUACUACAGCCACUGGGCAUAUAAAUUUACCUGAGAAUUCACAGGAGUUGUUGUUGGGAACAUAUAUGACCAAAUCAACACCAGUUGUACACCUUCAUUUUACUCGAAGAAACCUGGUUCUAGCUGCAGGAGCUUAUAGUCCACAAUAAACCGCCGGUAUUAAAGACCUUUUGGAAGCUACUGUUUUUGAAAAGGGAGACUAAAAGCAAAUACCUCAGUGAUUAAUAUUUAAGCUACAAAGAAUGUUUUUGUCUAUAUGGAUCUGGAAGUAUGCUGCUUGGAAAAUCUGAACGGGACAGUUCCACGUUUCUAUAGCAACCACAUUUGACUAAUUUCCGUUAGUUGAAUAAGAGGUAUUAUGAUCAUGGAGGGGACAUUUAUGGUGCUUUGGAUUGUGUGGAAACUAUGCAUUUUCUGUUCAAAUGCUACUUUAAUUUAUUACGUUUAGAAAAAAAGUUGAUUUCAAUAAUUCAUCCUGCUUCAAGAUUCAAAUUCAGAAAUAUACUAUCAUCUUGAAUUUUAGCUGAAGAAUCCUAUGAGCAUGUAUGUUUCUGCUGUAAAAACGUAGUUACUGUAUGGCACUCAAAAACUGUUAAAUGAUCCACUAACUUUUUUUUUCUCGGCCCAUGAUUAGUGGAAUGUAUGUAACUAGGUGGGGUUCCUUUGUUAGAUCUAGAUGAAUUACAACCAUCCACUGACAUCUGAAUUUAUAUACCUGUUGAGUUUUGAGUGCACCCAAACACUCGAUAAACCAGGUGAAGAAAUUUAGCUUCCAUGUUCUACUUCAGCUAAAACAGCUACAUACGACCUAGUACACUUGAAGUCAGACAGACAUUUCAGUUGCUUACCUCCAGUACUGAGCCUUGCUUUGGGAAACUAAAAGAUUUAGACCAAGUCACUGCCAGUUUUUGCCUUUGUUGCAUUUUGUACAGUUUUUAUAUUUUUGAUAUCUUGUAAAUAAAGACAACCAGCUUUUCCAGGUUCAUAA